UUAAUGGUGGGGUUUGACUGUCGAAUUAUGCCAACAAGACAGUUACUGUUACAAGACUCGAUCGCUGCAUGAGCCUGAAACGUUCGCGGUAACGCCACAGACGACAUUUAAGGAAGCGACCGGCCGACGGGAAACACGGCUGUGUCGUGCAGUAAGGAGGAAAAGUCGAAGGCCUUUGGUGGGAGCGAGAAAGGAAGAGAGAGAGAGAGCGAGACUAGCCAGUUAGCGCGCACGCGCUGUCCGCUAGCACGCGCUGUUAGCUAGCUGGCGCGCGUUCGAUAGCUAGCUCGGUUAGCUAGGUUAGCUAGCUACCAUUAGCCGAACCUGCUGGAUUAUUAUCGGUAAAGCGAAGCUUUAGCAGCGGACACGGUGUGUGGCGCUUGGCGAGUCGACUAGUUAUGGUUACGAACAACUCUAGCUAGCCAGUGCAGCGCUACCAGAAAUCGUAUGUUCACUUAGGGACGAGGUCUGAAGACUUGUAAGAAAAGCCGAACCGAGGGAUCUCCUACCUGGCCUGCAAUCAUGGGCAACGCGCCCACCGCCAAGAACAAGGGCAACGAGAUGGAGAGCGUGAAGGAGUUUCUCGCUAAAGCCAAAGAAGAUUUCCUCAAGAAAUGGGAGAACCCUGCCCAGAACACAGCGUCCCUGGAGCAGUUCGACAGGCUGAAGACGCUCGGCACAGGCUCGUUUGGCCGCGUCAUGCUCGUCAAGCACAGGGAAACAGGCCUGCACUACGCCAUGAAGAUCCUUGACAAACAGAAGGUGGUCAAGCUGAAACAGAUAGAACACACACUGAAUGAGAAACGCAUCCUACAGGCUGUCAGCUUCCCUUUUCUCGUACGGUUGGAGCACUCCUUCAAGGACAAUAGUAACCUGUAUAUGGUAAUGGAGUAUGUUCCAGGAGGGGAGAUGUUCUCUCACUUGAGGAGAAUCGGCAGAUUCAGUGAGCCCCAUGCUCGCUUCUAUGCUGCCCAGAUAGUUCUGACCUUUGAAUACCUUCACUCUCUCGACCUCAUCUACCGAGAUCUGAAGCCUGAGAACCUACUGAUAGACCAGCAGGGCUACAUACAGGUGACAGAUUUUGGAUUCGCCAAGCGAGUCAAGGGCCGGACCUGGACGCUGUGUGGCACGCCCGAGUACUUGGCACCAGAGAUCAUCCUCAGCAAAGGCUAUAAUAAAGCAGUGGACUGGUGGGCUCUGGGGGUGCUGAUUUACGAGAUGGCUGCCGGUUACCCUCCAUUCUUCGCCGAUCAGCCAAUUCAGAUCUACGAGAAGAUCGUCUCGGGCAAGGUGCGAUUCCCCUCCCACUUCAGCUCGGACCUGAAAGACCUGCUACGUAACCUGCUGCAGGUGGACCUGACCAAGCGCUACGGCAACCUCAAGAACGGCGUCAACGACAUCAAGGGCCACAAGUGGUUCGCCACCACCGACUGGAUCGCCAUCUACCAGAGGAAGGUGGAGGCCCCCUUCAUUCCCAAGUGCAAAGGUCCAGGGGACACCAGCAACUUCGACGACUACGAGGAAGAGGAGAUCCGCGUCUCCUUCACAGAAAAGUGUGGAAAGGAGUUUGCGGAGUUCUAGACCCAGCCAGGAGCAGCGGAGGGGAAAGAGCGACGGAGUGACGUAGACGAGGGUGGGGGAGGGGGCGGGGGGCAGCGGAAUGAGAGAGAUCAUAGACUGGACUGAGCUUGUAUUCAGUAACAACAUCAAAAACACUGAUGUAGACCCCCCCCCUCCCCCAAACACACACAGACGAAGAGAGAAGGUGGAAAAACAAACAAACAAGCAAACAAAAAUAACACAUCCUAGGAGAGAGAGCCAACAGUGUUGCCUUUCAAGAUGGUUCAUCCUUUUCAAUUGUACCCAUUUGUUUCUAGCUUGUCCCUUCUGGUUUUGUAGCCGGGGUGCUCCAGGUAGAGCUGUCCCUCUGGUGGACAGCGGGGCGUGGUGGUUCAUCUCCGGCACUGGGCUGGGUUUCGCUUCUGGUAGGUGCAGCAGCUGAGCCUGGCUCGGUGUCCUCCACCCUGCUGUGUGGUUACCUCUGUUUGUUUUUCUUUUUCUCUCUUUUUUGGGGGGGGGCAUUCUGAGUCAUGCCAGCCCGCCUGCACUGGCGGCGAUUGAGUAUGGCGUUGUCGUGGCGUGCCCCACCUUUUCUUGUGCCAAGCUUGGCUACAUGACCACCCCAUACCACCAACCCUUUUUUUUUUUUUUUUUUUUUUAAGGCCGUUGCAGAAUUCCCACUGCUCACGCGAUGUUCACACCUGCUCUACACGUUAUUGAUCAGGGGAGAGUCAUUCUUGGGGUGUUCUUUCUUUUCAAGCUUUGAUGUGUGACUUUUUUCUUUUCCCCAUUUUGCUGCCUUUUUUUUUAAAGCACACGUAUACCUUCCGUCUUAGUCACACAGAGGCUUUCCCUGCAGCUGAGAGUGCUGGGACACUUGGUUCUGACCACGUGCUUGGUUCCAACCAGCCCUUCGGACGACCCUACACAGCAGUGGGGUUUGCGGCAGCCGCAGUGCAGAAGCUCGGUGGCAUAAAAUAGCCGGCAGUGUGCGCUCUCACUCAUUUGUAGCACAUGCGUGUGCUGGGCGGUGAACUGCAGUCACGACACUGUUGAAUUUAUUUAUUUUAAUCUUUUUGGUUAGUGUCUGAGCAUUUGAAGGCUAAAUGGGUUUUUUUGCCCCGAAAACAAAUCCUCCCUUUAAAUGACAGAAUGGAAAAGAAUGUGAAAUUUUGUUCAAACACAAUGCGCAUGUUGGUUGGAGCUGAUGGAUGUGCUAACUGUAAAACAUCCAAUAUAAAAUAGGUUGGGGGUGGGGUGUACAAAUGGUGCAUGUUCUUAUUUUCACCCCAACAUGUUAGGGGAGGUGUGUGCUAUUGCACUGAGGCUCUGGUGUGUUCCUGCUCCAGAUAUGACCAUGCUCCCUCACCAUGCAGUUCACAGUCUGAGUUCAGAGAGCUCUGUUCUUACAUUCUCACAGUGAUCGGUAAGGGAUUGGGGGGGUGUAGUUUUGCUUUGUUUUUGUUUUUUUUUUACUGUCUUUAUAAUGCCCUCUGAGAGAACCUUUAGUCAACUUUCACAUUACAUGCCGCUAUGUUUCUGCGUUGUUUUUAACUGAAACACUUCAGCCCAGAUCACUGGACUAUGCUUGUGCUUCAAAUUUUGUUUUUGUUUUUUUUGCUGACUGCAGAACAUUCUCGUAAAUGCGCUUGA